GGGAGACAUUUUGAGCUGCUGCGGUCGCUCCGGUCCGUUUUUAGAGUGUCAGGCUGAAGUCAGGGUUACCGUGCUGGAGAGCCAGUCUCCAGACUGAGCUGUAGUCGGUGAAAAAGACGCCAUUCGUAACAGUUUGUAGUUUACCCCGCGCAUGUGUAGCAAAGCUAGCUAGAUUAGCGCCUCAAGACAGCCACAAAAGCUAGCAAAGUCCUAGAUGCUAGUUAGUUAGCGUCACCUAGCUGGCCUGCCCUCCUCCUCCUCCUCCUCCUCCACCUUCUCCUCGACAGCCGGUCCCUUCAAGCAGACACAAUGGCUUUAAAACGAAUUUCCAAGGAACUAACUGAUCUGUCCAGAGAUCCUCCGGCUCAGUGCUCCGCCGGACCCGUCGGCGAGGACAUGUUUCAUUGGCAAGCCACCAUCAUGGGGCCUCCCGACAGUCCCUAUCAGGGCGGCGUGUUUUUCCUGACUAUUCAUUUCCCCACAGAUUAUCCCUUCAAACCACCCAAGGUCGCCUUCACAACAAGAAUUUAUCACCCAAAUAUUAACAGUAAUGGCAGCAUCUGCUUGGAUAUAUUGAGAUCGCAGUGGUCUCCAGCAUUAACUAUCUCUAAAGUCCUUUUGUCCAUUUGUUCUCUGUUAUGUGACCCGAACCCUGACGACCCGUUAGUGCCAGAGAUCGCCCGCAUCUACAAAACAGACCCCGUUAGGUACAACAAGACAGCUCAGGACUGGACUCAGAAAUACGCCAUGUGAUCCUCCGUCUUCUCACUGCUGGAACAAACUGUUUGAUUUUUCUCAUGUGGCCACACCCCCUUCCCAUCAGCCAAUCACAAGCAAUUUGUUCACGUUUCUUUUUGUCCCGUUUCUCAACUUUCAAUGCUUUUAAAUUUCCCCUUUUCUCUGCUUUCUAAACGAAACCAACAAGCCGAGCGAAGACGGGCCGCGGCUGUGAAUGUGCCAACUGCAGAACCGCCACAGACCGAGUGGACGAACAGAACUGUUACCAGACGCAAAGCUGCUGGAGAUCAAUACAACAAUCAUUUAAUGCAUGUCAGUGAUUGGUUCGUGUGCUGCUGAGAUUUGUCCACUUUAAAAAAGAACCGACAGCGUUUUGGUUUUAUUCUUUCUUGUUGUUUUCUGGUUUUGGAGGUUUUGUUUUUAGACGAGAGCCGUUAGUUCAUCCAUCAUCCACAACACUGUUCUCCUCUUUUUGCACUGAAGAUGAAACUCGAAGCUCUCAACGGCUGAUUGAUCAACUAAUAGCUCUGUGAUGUUUUUUUCUCAAUAAAGCUGAACAAAUUGCAGGUU